AUGUUUAAGCCACUAAAAGCAAAAUUCAACAAGGUGAAGCCUAAAGAAGGAAAUAAAAAUGAAGAAACUAUUAAGCCAGACAUUCCAGCUCAGCCAUCCACUGGCCAGGGAGAAUGUAAAACUAAAAAGAGGUCUCCAAAAGCCAAGAUGUCUUCAGCAUCAGGUGAACUCCUCAAAAGUAAAGGUCUAAUUCCAGGGGAGAAUUCAUUCACAGGCCUGAAUUUAUCUCUUGACCCUGUACAUCCUCAAAAUCCAGAAGAACCGAUCAGAAUGACACCGAUACAGAAGGAAACAAAUAAUUGGAAAGAAGAAGCAGUCAACACAGAAAAAAAGCCAAAUCAGAGCCCUGUUGCAAGUAAGUAUGCUGAAACUCGACUCCAAGAUCUUGCUAGUAGGCUGCGUCAAAGAACUGCCCACUAUAAGAAAAAGUUGGAAGAGGGAGAUUUAUCUUCCCCUGAAGCCAGUCCCAAAGCUGCUGCACCUGCAGGUCCUCUUCACCCAGGAGAAGAUGAGGUUAACAGAGAAGAGGAACACUACUGUGACAUGAUGUGUUGCAAAUUCAAGAAGGUCCCAUUGAAAGAGUAUCUGAAGAAGAUGAAACUGCCAACCAGUAUAGAUUCACAAACAGAUGUCUCCUAUGUCUUGUGGCUCCUGUUGGUCACUGUUGCUUAUAACUGGAACUGCUGGUUUAUUCCAAUGCGCCUAGUUUUUCCGUAUCAAACAUCAAAAAAUAUGAGAUACUGGCUGAUAACUGACAUCAUCUGUGAUAUCAUAUACCUGAGUGACAUACUGAUAGUCCAGCCUAGACUGGAAUUUUUAAGAGGAGGAGACAAAAUAAUAGAACCAAAGGCGAUGAAAGAGCACUACCGGACUUCUGCAAAAUUUAAGAUGGAUCUUGUGUCAAUAAUACCAUUUGACGCUCUUUACUUCGUUUUUGGAUUUAAUCCAUUAUUUCGAGCAAAUAGGACACUAAAGUACGCCACAUUCUUUGAGUUUAAUGAGCGCCUGGAGUGGAGAAUGGACAAAGCAUACAUCUACAGAGUCAUUCGAACCACUGGAUACCUUCUGUUCAUCCUACAUAUUAAUGCAUGCAUUUAUUACUGGGCUUCAGACUACGAGGGAAUUGGUAGUACUAAAUGGGUAUAUGAUGGUAAAGGAAAUAGGUAUCUAAGAUGUUACUACUGGGCAGUUCGAACUUUAAUUACUAUUGGUGGCCUUCCAGAACCACAAAACACAUUUGAGAUUACCUUCCAACUCUUGAAUUUUUUCUCUGGGGUGUUUGUAUUCUCCAGCCUAAUUGGACAGAUGAGAGAUGUUAUUGGAUCAGCUACUGCCAAUAAGAACCAUUUCCGUGCCUGCAUGGAUAAUGCCAUCACUUAUAUGAAUAUGUAUUCUAUACCCAAAAUAAUACAGAACCGUGUUCGGACUUGGUACGAAUAUACUUGGGACUCUCAAAGAAUAUUGGAUGAGUCAGAAUUCCUGGAACACUUGCCAACCAAGAUGCAACUGGCCAUUGCCAUCAAUGUGAACUUCAAUAUCGUGAAUAAGAUCGACUUGUUUAAAGGGUGUGAUACACAGAUGAUUUAUGACAUCCUUCUGAAAUUGAAAUCUAGUGUGUAUUUACCUGGUGACUUUGUCUGCAAAAAGGGAGAGAUUGGCAGAGAGAUGUACAUCAUUAAACAAGGAGAAGUUCAAGUUCUUGGAGGUCCUGAUGGCACUAAAGUUCUCGUUACUUUGAAAGCUGGAGCUGUCUUUGGAGAGAUCAGGGCCCAGAGAGCAGACACCUCCCUGCUUCCCAGCCCAAAAGAAGAAGUCUCCCCUGAGAGGUCUGUGCACUUCAAUUUAUACCCCUGUCCCAACUGUCGGAUUGGCACAUGUCCAGAGCUGCUUUGCCAGGAAAAGGAGAAAAAAAUCGAGGUAAAAGAACAAAAAAUCGAAGGAAUAGAGAACCAAGAAAAGGAACCACCAGAAAAACCACUGAAUAUGCCCAAAUGUAAUGUUACAGAAGAAGAAGCAUCCAAGCCAAUAACAAAGGCAAUCCUACCUAGAGAAAACCCUAAAGCAUCACUUAUCAUCACUAUGACCCCUUCCUCUAAUUCAGAAGAAGAAAUUCUUACAGUCGAAAUGAAAGAGAAGGCAAAUUAAUAAAAUGCUUGAUUUUAUACAAGUCUAGGCAUUUUCCUAA